GCAGCCUGCUUUCAACUUCCAUGUUUAGCUCCAACUUUUUUUGGAUUAACAAAAUCCAUUUCCUUCGAAUCAAACACAUUCUCUCGUUGUCUCGGAAUUUUCGGACCGGAUUUGUGGCUCUUACCCAACUUAAUUUCUUAAUUUUGUUCUCCAUUUUUCAUUUGGCGAAUCGACCUGGAGCUCUGCAUUUUCUGUUCCUAAUCUUUCUUCUUCCCAUUCUUUCGUUUCAUUCGGCCCCCUUUGACGCAGAUGCUGUUGGGUUUCUAAGAAAUCUUUCUGAACAGCCUCAUCUUGUUCAUGUUGUCAAAGGUUGGGCUUAGCUGAAAUUUGGGUGUAAUGUUUCCUCAGCUUCUCAACAGCAUUUCACAGAGUGGAUUGUUGAUGAUUUUGUUGUGAGCUACAUUGGAGCUGUACUCAGCUGGUUCAGAAGCUCUGGUGAAUGGCUGAAUCCAAACUAAAAUUGGAGGUGGUGGAGUGGUUAAAUUUUAUGCUCCCCCAUAUAAAUUUGCCCCUGGAUGCUUCAGAUGAGGAAUUGAGAACAUGCUUGAUUGAUGGAACUAUUCUAUGCAGCAUGUUAGAUAAAUUAUGCCCUGGGGCAGUUCAGGGAGGCAAUUGUAAGCCCAUCAAUUCUAACAUUGAGAGUUUUUUGAUAACUCUGGAUGAACUAGGACUUCCUGGCUUUGAACCAUCUGUCUUAGAGCAGGGACCUAUUGCACCAGUUUUGCACUGCCUGAGCACGCUUCGAGCUUCUUUUGAUUUGACUGCUGGGGAUGAUGACACUCAACAUUAUUCACGAAAGAAAUGGAACUUAUAUGAAGUAGAAUCAUUAGAUGGAAUCAAUAAUUUCUCUGGGCAAAGACUUCAGGAUUUUCAGAAUGGUUCAAUUAUAUCAGCACUAUCGUGUGGUUUAAGAAGUCAUAUUCAACUUGAGGAUCAUGAAGUGCAAGAACAAAAUCAUGAUGUUUCUGGUUCUGACAUCUUGGAGUUGAUAAAAUUAAAAAAUUUUGAGAAUGUCUCUACUCCAUCACUUUUCAAUUUGGUCAAUGGAAUUCUGGAUGGCAGCGUUGAAACAAAAAAUGGAGACGUGUCAAAUCAAAUAGCAUAUCUUCUGCGAAAAGUUGUACAGGUGCUUGAGCGGAGAAUUUUAACUCAUGCUGGAAACCUGAGACAUCAAAGCGGUCUUUUGAGAGCUCGGGAGGAGAAAUUUCUGUCAAGAAUAAAAGUCCUUGAAACCCUUGCAACAGGAACCACUGAAGAAAAUGAGGUUGUUUUGAAUCAGCUUCAACGUAUGAAGGUUGAAAAGUUCAAAGUAGAGGAAAUGAAAACUUGCGAGGAGCAGGAUAAGAUGGCUCUGAAGGAGCAAAAGGAACGCUGUGAUGUUGAGCUUUCAAAUCUCAGAAAGGAGCUAGAAAUGACUAAAAGGGAACAUGAAAAUAAUUGCUUGCAAUUGGAAAAAAGUGCCAAGGAGGAAAAAGUUAAGUUUGAAGAGAAACUAAAUGAACUCGAAUACUUAUUAGCGGAUUCCAGGAAGAAGGUGAAGGAACUCGAGACAUUUUCUGAAUCUAAAUCACUGAGAUGGAAGAAGAAAGAGUUUGUCUAUCAAAAUGUUGUUAAUGAUCUGCUUGGAGCUUUUAAGGAAUUAAGGGGUUCGCUGGAGUCCAUCAAACAUGAGGUCUUGAAUACAGAAAGAAACUAUGCAGAGGAUUUUAAUUACCUUGGAAUAAAGUUCAAAGGAUUGGCAGAUGUGGCUCUGAAUUACAAUGCAGUUCUGAACGAAAAUAGAAUAUUGUAUAAUGAGGUUCAGGAUUUAAAAGGUAACAUUCGAGUGUAUAGUCGAAUACGGCCAUUCCUUCCAGGGCAAAAAAAGCUAACUACAGUUGAAUAUAUUGGUGAAAAUGGUGACUUGGUAAUUGUAAAUCCUGCUAAACAAGGAAAAGACAAUCGUAGGCUAUUCAAGUUCAAUAAGGUUUUUGGUCCGACAUGUUCACAAGAGGAGGUGUUUAUAGACACUAGGCCGUUAAUUCGGUCUGUCCUUGAUGGAUAUAAUGUUUGCAUAUUUGCUUAUGGACAAACUGGUUCGGGAAAGACCUAUACUAUGAGUGGACCUGAUAUAUCAUUGAGAGAAGAAUGGGGUGUUAAUUAUCGAGCAUUAAAUGACCUCUUCGAAAUUUCUCAAAGUAGGAAGGGAUCUAUUGCCUAUGAAAUUGGUGUCCAAAUGGUUGAGAUAUACAAUGAACAAGUCCGUGAUCUGCUCUCAACUAGCGGUCUUCCAAAGAGACUUGGGAUUUGGAACUCUACUCAACCAAAUGGGCUUGCAGUACCCGAUGCUGCCAUGCAUUCUGUUAGAUCUACUGGCGAUGUUCUUGAUUUGAUGAAGAUUGGGUUGUCAAACAGGGCUGUUGGAGCCACAGCCCUGAAUGAAAGAAGCAGCAGAUCUCAUAGUGUGCUGACGAUUCAUGUUCGUGGUGUGGACUUGGAGACAGAUGCUAUCUUGCGUGGUUGUCUUCAUUUAAUAGAUCUUGCUGGUAGUGAAAGGGUGGACCGCUCCGAGGCGACUGGAGAUAGGCUGAAGGAGGCACAACAUAUUAAUAAAUCAUUGUCAGCUCUUGGGGAUGUAAUUUUUGCUCUUGCACAGAAGACUGCGCAUAUUCCUUACAGAAAUAGCAAACUAACCCAAGUUCUCCAAAGUUCUUUAGGUGGUCAAGCAAAAACGCUCAUGUUCGUACAGAUUAAUCCUGAUGUGGAGUCAUAUUCUGAAACUAUAAGCACCUUGAAGUUUGCAGAAAGAGUUUCUGGUGUCGAGUUGGGUGCUGCCCGCAGCAAUAAAGAGGGUAGAUAUGUUAGAGAACUCAUGGAUCAGGUGGCAGUUCUCAAGGAUACCAUUGCAAAUAAAGAUGAGGAGAUUGAGCGGUUGCAGUUACUUAAAACUAGUGGCAAUUCUGUGAAGCAUGGCGUUGGUUCCCAAAGAUUUGAAUCAUGUUCACCUGGAAGGGCUUUUAGUGCAACUCCUCGGCAGAGGCAAAGGCCAUCAAGGAGGAAAGACUUUCUGGUUAAUAAAGCAGCAUCUGAUAUGGACAAUUUCUCGGAUUAUGAUAGGCGUUCUGAAGCUGGAUCAUAUCAGUCUAUGGAUGACUUUAGACAUCAUAAGCAUUUUGGAUCGGAAUCACAUCUGUCUGUAGAGGACUUUAGACGUUCUAAGCGUUCUGUAUCAGGAUCACAUCUGCCUCUAGAAGAUUUUAGACAUCAGAAGGAAUCUUUUUCACAGUCGAGGGCUUUAGGUCUGAAGGUUACGGAUGAUGUUGAGCUUUUAGGCUUUGGGAAUGCUGAUUCUGAUGAGAGAUUAAGUGACAUAUCAGAUGGUGGCCUCUCAAUGGGGACUGAAACUGAUGGAUCGAUCUGUAGCGUUGUGGAAUACACUCUAUUCCCUGAUGUUUCAAAACCAUCAGAUAGUUUGAUUGCUGUUACCAAACACCCAGAUAGCUCGUUGGAUGUCAAAAGGCUAGCCGAGAGUGCAACAACUGGGGUGAAGUCAUUGGUACCUAUUCCAGAAAAAACCAAUGCGCCAUUGAGGACAGGCCCCAGGCCCCCGCAAAAGCCCGUGCAGACAAAACCUUCAAGAGUUUCACUGACGAAAAGCUCCUCAAAGGCUCCAUCAGCAUCAAAUGCCAAACUUUUCAUUGGUAAAAUGAAAAGUACAAAAGGGGAUCAAAGGAGAAUACAAAAAAGCUCUCCGAUUGCUGUUAAUAACAAACGAAUUAUAACUACAAAAGAGAGUGGAAAGAGUGCUCCAUCUUGAGGCACAAAAAAAGCUAUUGUUGGUAGCUCCUCGUCGAUGAAAAGCGGCAAAAGGUGGAAGUGAAUCAGUGUAAAAGUGAUGUGGGUAGGAAAAAUUCUUAGAGGCUAAUCAAUAUUUUGUGUAGUUGUUGGUGACAGUUUAACUUCUCACUUCUAGUUCUGGCUCAACCAUAGGUGAUUAGCUUUUUGCCUUUCUAAUUGGAACCUCAUAUUUCCCCCUCUUUUUGUUGUAUAUUUGUAUGCCAAAAGGUUAGCCAUUGAUUUAAUACACAAAUUGAACCAUUCUCCCUC